AAAUAUCGCAGAAAGAUAGAAGUGAAAUCUGAAAAUGUUUUUAAGACAAAGAAUGCUGUUAAGCCUUCUGAGGAAGGCGAGGAGGAUCCAGAGAAGAAAGAAUAUAUGGGCGGUCCAAUUAAAAUCAAAAUUA